CUCGCAAACAGCCCUAGAUUCGUGUCGGUACUGCUGCACAGCUCGAAAAUGCCAGCUUUUACGCUGUAUGGCUCUCGCGGUUCGACCAACACCGAUCGUGUCCGCCUGACUCUUGCAGAAGGUGGCUUCACGGAUUACGAACUCGUGCUCCUCAACCUUCAAAAAGGAGACCAAAAGUCCAGGGAAAAUAUGGAACGUCACCCUUGGGGUAAAGUACCUGUAGUGACUUUCCCCGAGGGAUUCACCCUCUACGAGAGUCGCGCAAUCUGCAAAUACCUCGCCAAGAAGUACUCCUUCCCACUUCUACCCCCCGACUCCGAUGUCGAAGCUACGGCACUAUUCGACCAGGCGCAGACUGUAGAAAUGCUCUACUUCGCAGAGUCUGCAGGUAAAAUCGCAUUCGAGAAAUUCGCAAAGAAAUUCAUGGGGCUACCUCCCGAUGACGCCGUGGUCUCAGAUGCACUGCGGUCGGUCGAGAUGUUUUUCGACGUUGCAGAACGUCUCUUACACUGUAAAGACUACAUGGGAGGAAAUGACUUCACUCUCGCGGAUAUUUACUACAUUCCGCUAAUCCAAAGGCUUUUCGCGUGCGGGUACGGGCAUAUCAUCAUCAGUCGCAAAGCUGUAAGUGCUUGGUGGGAUCGCUGCACAAAUCGACCAGCUAUACAGAGCAUGUUAGCUGCUGACAGGGAGGCUGCGUCUGCUGCUAGUACACGGGAUGAAAAGCUAGUGUAAUAAUUGAUCUACUAAACAUAUCUUCUCAAAACAUAAACCAGGCCUUUGUGAUGGGACCGCGCCUCCAGGGGUUUAUUAUCCAAUUAGAUAUCGUAGAAAGGCAAAGUCCCUCCGGCG